GUGAUUCAUCAGCCGCCGCGCCGGGCCGGAGGGGGGCGAGCGCAGCGGCCGCCUAGGCGCCCGGGGCCGGGCAGUGGCGGCGGCGGCGUUCCUGGCCGGGCCUCGCGCGCGCUCCUCUCGCUGUCGGUGGCCGGGCCCCUACGAAGGUCAAGAUGGAAGAGAUCCUGAGGAAGCUGCAGAAGGAGGCGUCCGGGAGCAAGUACAAAGCCAUCAAAGAGAGCUGCACCUGGGCCCUGGAAACCCUGGGUGGUGUGGAUACCAUUGUCAAGAUCCCCCCACACUUGCUGAGGGAGAAAUGCUUGCUACCUCUCCAGUUGGCUUUGGAAUCCAAGAAUGUGAAACUGGCCCAACAUGCCUUGGCAGGAAUACAGAAGCUUCUGUCAGAAGAGAGGUUUGUAUCCAUGGAAACAGAUUCUGAUGAGAAGCAGCUGCUCAAUCAGAUCCUGAAUGCCGUGAAAGUGACGCCUUCCCUCCAUGAAGACCUGCAGGUGGAAGUGAUGAAGGUUUUACUCUGCAUAACCUACACCCCGACCUUUGACCUGAAUGGGAGCGCAGUGCUGAAGAUCGCAGAGUUGUGUUUAGCAUGCCGUAAAGCUGGAUGUCCACCAAUGCAUGAAAUGGUCAAAAUGUGCAUUACGAAACUCCUCACUGCCCUGUGUCUUCGUGCGUUCCCUGGCGAGCAGGGGCCUGUGGCUUUUCACAAGAUUAUUGAAAACCCGGACGUCCCACAGGAAUUCAGGAAUCAAGGGUCAACAGUUGAGUCCCUUUGUGAUGACCUUGUCUCUGUGCUCACCGUUCUGUGUGAGAAGCUACAAGCCGCCAUCAAUGACCAGCAGCAGCUACAGCUCCUGUACUCCGAGUGCAUCCUGUCCGUGCUCAGCAGCUCCUCCCCCUCCAUGCACCUGCACAGAGGUUUCACAGACCUGAUCUGGAAGAACCUUUGCCCUGCUCUCAUCGUGAUCCUGGGGAAUCCAAUUCAUGACAAAACCAUCACCUCCGCUCACAGCAGCAGCGCCGGUGCGGGCGUCGAGUCGGACUCUGCAUCUCCGGGGGUUUCCGACCACGGCCGGGGGUCGGGCUGCUCCUCCACGGCGCCAGCCCUGAGCGGGCCGGUGGCUCGGACCAUUUACUACAUCGCGGCCGAGCUGGUCCGGCUGGUGGGGUCGGUGGACUCCAUGAAGCCCGUGCUCCAGUCCCUGUAUCACCGGGUGCUGCUCUACCCGCCACCCCAGCACCGGGUGGAAGCCAUCAAAAUCAUGAAAGAGCUACUUGGGAGCCCACAGCGCCUCUGUGAUUUGGCAGGACCCGGCUCCACUGAACCAGAAUCCAGAAAAAGAUCAAUUUCAAAACGAAAGUCUCAUCUGGAUCUUCUCAAACUCAUCAUGGAUGGCAUGACCGAAGCGUGCAUCAAGGGCGGCAUCGAGGCGUGCUAUGCGGCCGUGUCCUGCGUCUGCACCUUGCUGGGGGCCUUGGACGAGCUGAGCCAGGGCAAGGGCUUGAGCGAAGGCCAGGUGCAGCUGCUGCUGCUGCGCCUGGAGGAGCUCAAGGAUGGGGCCGAGUGGAGCCGGGACUCCAUGGAGAUCAACGAGGCCGACUUCCGCUGGCAGCGGCGCGUCCUGUCCUCCGAGCACACGCCGUGGGAGGCGGGGAACGAGAGGAGCCCGGACAUCAGCAUCAGUGUGACCACGGACACGGGCCAGACCACCCUGGAGGGCGAGCUGGGCCAGACCACGCCCGAGGACCGCUCCGACAACCACAAGCACAGCCUCAGGUCGCCGGCGCAGCCGGAGAGCAGGGAGACGCUGAGCAAGGUGCCGGAGCCCGAGGCGGUCGACCAACCAGACGUCGUCCAGAGGAGCCACACGGUGGCUUACCCCGACAUAACGAACUUCCUGUCGGUAGACUGCAGGAUGAGGUCCUACGGCUCCCGGUACAGCGAGAGCAAUUUCAGCGUAGAUGACCAAGACCUCUCGCGGACCGAGUUCGACUCCUGUGACCAGUACUCGAUGGCGGCAGAGAAGGACUCGGGCAGGUCCGACGUGUCGGACAUCGGGUCGGACAACGGCUCCCUGGCCGAUGAAGAGCAGACCCCUCGGGACUGCCUGGGCCACAGGUCCCUGCGGACUGCCGCUCUGUCCCUGAAACUGUUGAAGAACCAGGAGGCGGACCAGCACAGCGCCAGGCUGUUCCUGCAGGCCCUGGAGAGCCUCCUGCCCCGCCUGCUGGCUCUGCCCAGCGUGGAGGAGGUGGACUCGGCCCUCCAGAACUUCGCCUCCACCUUCUGCUCAGGCAUGAUGCACUCUCCCGGAUUCGAUGGGAGCGGCAGCCUCAGCUUGCAGAUGCUGAUGAACGCCGACAGCCUGUACACGGCCGCGCACUGCGCCCUGCUGCUCAACCUGAAGCUCUCCCACGGCGACUACUACCGGAAGCGGCCCACCCUGGCACCGGGCAUGAUAAAGGAGUUCAUGAAGCAGGUGCAGACCAGCGGGGUGCUGAUGGUUUUCUCCCAGGCCUGGAUCGAGGAACUCUACCAUCAGGUGCUCGACAGGAACAUGCUCGGAGAAGCUGGCUACUGGGGCAGCCCAGAGGAUAACAGCCUUCCCCUCAUCACCAUGCUGACCGACAUUGAUGGCUUAGAGAGCAGUGCGAUUGGGGGCCAGCUGAUGGCUUCAGCUUCUACGGAGUCUCCUUUCACCCAGGGCAGGAGAAUUGAUGACUCCACAGUGGCAGGUGUGGCGUUUGCUCGCUAUAUUCUGGUGGGCUGCUGGAAGAACUUGAUCGAUACUUUAUCAACCCCCCUGACUGGCCGCAUGGCAGGAAGCUCCAAAGGGUUGGCCUUCAUUCUGGGAGCUGAAGGCGUCAAAGAGCAGAACCAAAAGGAACGUGAUGCCAUCUGCAUGAGCCUCGAUGGGCUGCGGAAAGCAGCGCGGCUGAGCUGUGCUCUAGGAGUUGCAGCUAACUGCGCCUCGGCCCUUGCCCAGAUGGCAGCUGCCUCCUGUGUCCAGGAAGAAAAAGAGGAAAAGGAAGUCCAAGAGCCCAGUGAUGCCAUAGCACAAGUGAAACUCAAAGUGGAGCAGAAACUGGAACAGAUCGGGAAGCUGCAGGGGGUCUGGCUGCACACAGCCCACGUCUUGUGCAUGGAUGCCAUCCUCAGCGUAGGCCUGGAGAUGGGGAGCCACAACCCGGACUGCUGGCCACACGUGUUCAGGGUCUGCGAGUACGUGGGCACGUUAGAACACACCCAUUUCAGCGCCGGCACCCCUCAGCCCCCUCUGACCAUCAGCCAACCCCAGAGGGCACCGGGGGACUCUGGACUCCUUGGCGACCCAGAGCGUGAGGACUCGGCUGCGGAGCAGAACCUGGAGCCAGAGAGCUCCCUGAGCGCGGCCCCUGUCAUCCAGCCCCUCUCCAUCCAAGAGCUGGUCAGGGAAGGCAGCCGAGGCCGGGCCUCCGACUUCCGCGGGGGCGGCCUCAUGACAGGGAGCAGUGCGGCCAAGGCCGUGCUCACACUGUCCACCCAGGCCGACAGGCUCUUUGAAGAUGCUACGGAUAAGUUGAACCUCACAGCUUUGGGAGGGUUCCUUUAUCAGCUGAAGAAAGCAUCGCAGUCCCAGCUCUUCCAUUCUGUCACGGACACGGUCGAUUACUCUCUGGCAAUGCCAGGAGAAGUUAAAUCCACCCAAGACCGGAAAAGUGCCCUCCACCUGUUCCGCCUUGGGGAUGCCAUGCUGAGGAUCGUGCGGAGCAAAUCGCGGCCGCUGCUCCACGUGAUGCGCUGCUGGAGCCUGGUGGCCCCGCACCUGGUGGAGGCUGCCUGCCAUAAGGAAAGACACGUGUCUCAGAAGGCUGUUUCCUUCAUCCACGACAUACUGACGGAGGUCCUCACCGACUGGAACGAGCCGCCCCAUUUUCACUUCAACGAAGCCCUCUUCCGGCCUUUUGAGCGCAUCAUGCAACUGGAGUUGUGCGACGAGGACGUCCAGGACCAGGUUGUCACAUCCAUCGGCGAGCUGGUUGAAGUGUGUUCCACCCAGAUCCAGUCAGGAUGGAGGUCCUUGUUCAGUGCCCUGGAAACGGUGCACAGUGGGAACAAGUCUGAAGUGAAGGAGUAUCUGGUUGGUGAUUACUCCAUGGGAAAAGGCCAAGCUCCAGUGUUUGAUGUAUUUGAAGCUUUUCUCAAUACCGACAACAUCCAGGUCUUCGCCAAUGCAGCCACGAGUUACAUCAUGUGCCUUAUGAAGUUUGUCAAAGGACUGGGGGAAGUGGACUGUAAAGAAAUAGGAGACUGUGUCCCGGGACCGGGAGCCACGUCCCCAGACCUGUGCCUGCCUGCCCUGGAUUACCUCCGUCGCUGCUCUCAGUUACUGGCCAAAAUCUACAAAAUGCCGUUGAAGCCAAUAUUCCUUAGCGGGCGACUCGCUAGCUUGCCUCGAAGACUUCAGGAGCAGUCGGCGAGCAGUGAGGAUGGCAUUGAGUCAGUCCUGUCUGAUUUUGAUGACGACACGGGGCUGAUAGAAGUCUGGAUCAUCCUGCUGGAGCAGCUAACAGCAGCUGUGUCCAACUGUCCACGUCAGCAUCAGCCACCAACCCUGGAUUUACUCUUUGAGCUGUUGAGAGAUGUUACCAAAACACCUGGACCCGGGUUUGGGAUCUAUGCGGUGGUUCACCUUCUCCUCCCUGUGAUGUCCCUUUGGCUCUGUCGUAGCCAUAAAGACCAUUCGUACUGGGAUGUGGCUUCUGCUAAUUUCAAGCAUGCCAUUGGCCUGUCCUGUGAGCUGGUGGUGGAACACAUUCAAAGCUUUAUACACUCAGAUAUCAGGUAUGAGAGCAUGAUCAACACGAUGCUGAAGGACCUGUUUGAGUUACUGGUGGCGUGCGUGGCCAAGCCCACAGAGACCAUCUCCAGGGUGGGCUGCUCCUGUAUUAGGUACGUCCUCGUCACGGCGGGCCCCGUGUUCACCGAGGAGAUGUGGAGGCUCGCGUGCUGUGCCCUGCAGGACGCGUUCUCCGCCACGCUCAAGCCAGUGAAGGAUCUGCUGGGCUGCUUCCACAGCGGCACGGAGAGCUUCAGUGGGGAAGGCUGCCAGGUGAGGGUGGCCGCCCCCUCCUCCUCCCCCAGUGCGGAGGCCGAGUACUGGCGCAUUCGAGCUAUGGCUCAGCAGGUGUUUAUGUUGGACACCCAGUGCUCACCAAAGACUCCAAACAACUUCGACCACGCUCAGUCCUGUCAGCUCAUUAUUGAGCUGCCUCCCGAUGAGAAGCCAAAUGGACAUACCAAGAAAAGCGUUUCUUUCAGGGAAAUUGUGGUGAGCCUGCUCUCGCAUCAAGUGUUGCUCCAGAACUUGUACGACAUCUUGUUGGAAGAGUUCGUCAAGGGCCCCUCCCCCGGGGAGGAGAAGACGGUCCAGGUGCCCGAGGCCAAGCUGGCCGGCUUCCUCAGGUACAUCUCCAUGCAGAACUUGGCGGUCAUCUUCGACCUGCUGCUGGACUCGUACAGGACGGCCAGAGAGUUCGACACCAGCCCUGGGCUGAAGUGCCUGCUGAAGAAGGUGUCUGGGAUCGGAGGCGCUGCCAACCUCUACCGCCAGUCCGCGAUGAGUUUUAACAUUUACUUCCACGCGCUCGUCUGCGCGGUCCUCACCAACCAAGAAACCAUCACGGCCGAGCAAGUGAAGAAAGUCCUUUUCGAGGACGACGAGAGGAGCACGGACUCCUCCCAGCAGUGCUCUUCAGAAGACGAAGACAUUUUUGAGGAGACGGCCCAGGUGAGCCCCCCGAGAGGCAAGGAGAAGAGGCAGUGGAGGGCCCGGAUGCCGUCGCUAAGUGUCCAGCCCAUCAGCAACGCGGACUGGGUGUGGCUGGUCAAGAGGCUGCACCAGCUGUGCAUGGAGCUGUCCACCAACUACAUCCAGAUGCACCUUGACCUGGAGAACAGCGUGGAGGAGGCUCCCAUCUUCAAGAGUGACCCGUUCUUCAUCCUUCCGUCCUUCCAGUCGGAGUCCUCCACCCCAUCCACCGGGGGGUUCUCGGGGAAAGACACGCCUUCUGAGGACGACCGGAGCCAGACGCGGGAUCACGCCGGCGAGCCGGGGAGCCUGCGGGCCGGCAGCGGGGACAUGCUGCUGCCCCCCAGCCCCAAGGUGGAGAAGAAGGAUCCCAGCCGGAAGAAAGAAUGGUGGGAGAACGCGGGGAACAGAAUCUACACCAUGGCGGCCGACAAAACCAUUUCCAAGUUGAUGACUGAAUACAAAAAGAGGAAACAGCAGCAUAACCUGCCCACGUUCCCCAAAGAGGGCAAAGCGGAGAAGAAGGGCGAGCCGCUGGGUCCACGGGGCCAGGACUCCCCGCUGCUUCAGCGUCCCCAGCACUUGGUAGACCAAGGGCAGAUGCGGCAUUCCUUCAGCGCGGGCCCUGAGCUCCUGCGACAGGAGAAGAGGCCCCGCUCUGGCUCCACCGGGAGCUCCCUGAGUGUGUCCGGGAGGGACGCCGAGGCACAGAUCCAGGCAUGGACCAACAUGAUGCUAACAGUUCUCAACCAGAUUCAGAUCCUUCCAGACCAGACCUUCACGGCUCUCCAGCCUGCAGUGUUCCCGUGCAUCAGCCAGCUGACCUGUCACGUGACCGACAUCCGCGUGCGCCAGGCCGUGAGAGAAUGGCUGGGCAGAGUGGGCCGGGUCUACGACAUCAUCGUGUAGACGACUCACUUUGAGGAAGUUCAGUAGCAAGGGUUAGAGAGUGCCUGCCAGUCCGACUGAUCGCGUUAUCCCCACCACCAGCCCCACCAAAACAAGUGUCUCAGAGAACAAUCUGUUGCUCCCUAACACUGGGGCCAACCUGGACACUAACCUUGUAUCUGGAUGACACAAAUGAUACUCUGAUUUUGCACAUUAUUGCAGAAGAGUCUCCAUUCCUUGAUACGUUUCUAAAUCUCGAUGUUUAUUUCCCAGUGCUUUUGCUUGCGAUGUUAUCCCCAAAAGGAUCCCUUUCCAGGACUACCCCUUUGAAAACACUACAUUGACCUAUUUGAUUUUUUUUUUUUUUAAUGGAAAUGUUAAGGAAAUAUCUGCUGGUAAGUCAAGCUGAUGUGUAAGCACUCAGGCAUCUAGUAAAGACGUUCACUGGAGGAAGAUUUUCUAUUAUGAUUAUGGGCUUAUUAGCAGCUGGAAAAACAUUCUUGGGGGGUCAUAAUCAAGAAAGGGAUGGCUUCCUCUGUAAAAUAUCCCAGAACAUUUCAAAGUCGUCCCAAACUGUCAAGAUUUUCCAGUUGGUAUUCACCAACUUCUUCUAAGGUACGUUUGUGCCUUUAUUUCCCUAUUUCUAAAGGAAGAAAAUGCUUUCCUGGCAGGGUUUUAAGUCUACGGGCUGGCAGCCUUUGACACACAGAUUGGCUGACACAGAUGUUGCCAAGAGACAGACUGACCAGCCACCCUGGCUUCCCAUUAGUCUUUGCUUUUGCUCCCAAGGCAAAACAGGAAAGGGAAAGAAAAAAUGGUGCCUUAGUUUUUUGUUGCACAGACAUUUCUAUGCUCCACAGUUACCUGAACAUAGGGCAGAACCUUGGGUUUUUAAGGAAACAAAACGUUAAAAUGCAACUCAUUUUGUAUCCGCACCUUUGGAGGAAAGGACUCAGUUCUCCAUCCAGUGAGCAGACUUCUCAGGGAACGGGGCAGGAAGUGUGGGGUAGGGAGACAGCUGGAAGGGGUGAGAGAAGAGAUUGUGACGAAGUCAUUUUAAAUCUUAAAAUAUUAUACAAGCAUCACAUAAAAUGAGGGUGUCAGGCAUACAAGCUCUGGUCUCAGAAGAAAAUAGAACUAAAGGAGAAGGGGACACAGAAUGAAAUUUAGGAAAUGAAGUUUUUCCAUUUCAAACACUUCUCCUCUCUGGCAAGUAAAUUUACGUAUGUCUGGUGUCUUUCCAGGCUGUUAUUUUACAUGAAUAUUUCUUUUAGAUAUCACUAGGAAAUCAAUUUGGAAACUUUAUCGUAUUUACAGUACACUUAAUAGUUCUUCAGUUAUAAUGAUUGAAACUCAUCAAGCCCACUCGUGUACAUUCUAGAAAGUAGAGUUUGUUGCUAAGACACAUUAUCAUUUUCCCAGCCCCUAAAAACGUGUUCACAAUGGAAUGUCAUUGAAAAAUAAAACAUCAACUCUUCAGUACAGAAGUAAGGAUUUCAAACCAACAACUUUGCUCAGUGCUAGUAUUUGUAAACUUCAUCUUAACCUUGUAGAUAUUUACAUAUUUCUCAAGGAAGACAGAGUUCCCUGACUUAUUUAGGCAAUCUCAAAGAACCCCAUCAUUUCGUAUGCCAUCCAGAGAUCACAGCAAAAUCCAGAAGGCAUUUUUCCAGUUCCACAAAACCCUCUCUUUGCCUUCAGGUUUUACUCAUUAGACAACAAUUCAAGUGUAAACACAGAUCAACUAUUUGAUCUUAAGCAGUGAAUUGUUGGAACAGCAAUGUAUUUAAGAGUAUUCUAUACUUUUAAACUUUUUCUAUUUUGGAAUAGAAAUACUGCUUUUCUGAGGUUUACUUCCCCUUUGUGAACCCACGAGGACUACAAAAUUAACUUGGUGGGGGUGAGGGCCAUGGGGUGGAGUAGGGAGGAAGCUUCAGAGAAGCAGAGUGUCAAAUCCAUGAUUAUAACAUGUUUACAUGUAGCAACUUUUUAUAUAGCAUAAAAAUUCAAAGCCAGUCUCAAUUUAGAAUGUCACGUCCCAGAAUAUGUUAGCUGUUUGGAAAUCAGAAUUCAUUCUCCCAUAGACUCUCUCUCCUGAGAUCCAAGGCUAGUUUAUGAAAAUAAAUUUACCCCGUACUAUGUGCAAACACUGCUCUGAGACUAGGACUCAUUAUAGGUUCGAAGAGUGAAAAAGUGAGAAAACGUGCAUAGCUCUUUACCUACAAUUUUGUAAGAGGGUUUUAGCCCUUUCCCAUCAUCUAUUCUAUAGCCUACCCCGAGGCCCAUAUUGGUCUCAGCUCACCUUGAUACUUCCCAGAGGUAUUUGCUGUUGUCAAGAGGACAUCGCCGGAGACAAAUAAUCUCUAACAAAUAGGACUUCAGGUCACAAUGACGUCCGUCGACUUCAGGUCACAAUGACGUCUGUCUUCUCCAGGAGUGGAGAGGAAAGGGAAAUAAUUAGGGACCCUCGGUAGAUGAGUGGUCCCUCCCCCUGUUUGGCCCCUCACACACUUCCAGUGUCUGGGUUUCUGCCUCUCUCCCUCUCUUCCUUCACUCCAUCUCUCCCAAGGUCUCUGAAAGACCAAGGUCAAGACAGCCUUUGUGGCGAAAACAGUCAUGACCAUGUAUUUACUGAUCUAAGCAGAAUAAGAUUUUGCACGUCACUUUCAGUUGCCUGUAUUUUCUGCCCAAAGUGUGUUACCCUACGACUGAGACGUACUCUCUUUUUCUAAUAUUUUGGUAAAGUGUGCAUCAUGAAAAUACCUAGAAAAUUUCAAAGUGUUUAGGAAUUCCUGGCAGCCAAGUAGACCACACGCAUCAUCAGAUUUCUCCUUGCCAUGAGGACAUAGGUUUGAUGGAGGGCCAGCGUCUCGCCUAGCUCUUGCCUCUCCUGAUUAGCUUCUAAAAAUGCUUAGGCUGCUUCCUUACACCAUGUUGCCAUCUCUCCCCUUAUGAUUAUUUUCUAGCCUCCUCCAUCAGUAUACAACUAGGGCACUUUCUACUAUCUUUACGCUAUGUAAUGACCAAGGCAGAUGCUAACCUAUAUAAUGGCUCAGAUUAAAUUAUUUUCAAACAUGACAGAAUAUUAACAUAAUUCAAAAGCACCUUUAAAUGGAAACUUCUUGGUACAGUGUCACCAGGCUUUUAGUUCUUGUUUCAAGGUUUAUACAGAGCCCGUUGAGACCAUCAAGUAGCCUUCACUGUAAGAACGUAAUGCAAUUAUAUGACAGAGAUCCCUGACUUUCCCCAAAUACAUCACAGGGAUGCUUCUGCAAGAAGGUUUUCUUUCUCAGAAAAGAAAAUCCAUUUGUGUCCGCCCUAUCAGACUAAGCAGAGUGAAGACCUUAGUUUGGAGCCGGUAACAAUUGCAAGAGGUUACAGAUGACAGGGAGGAGGUGACAUUUGUUGAAUGCCACCGUGACCAGAGACCUGAACCUACAUUACCCUUUAGCUCUCACGAUAACCUUGUCAAACAGGUUCUGUUUUCCUCAUUUUUUUCAGAUGAGGACACAGACCCAGAGAGGUUAAGAUAUUUGCCCAAGAUCACCAGUAAAUGGCAACGUUGGUUGCAAAAGAGGUGUUCCUGAAUUCAAAGGCCAUGCUGUGUCUACAAUACAAUGCUCUAAGGACACAGAGUGAAUACAUGAGUGUUGCCAGGAAUUAAACAGUGAAAAUGAGUUGAAAGUAUUUAAUCGAUGUCCCAUAUCUGCAAUCCUAGGAGGAUUUUUUCAAAUAGGGUUUUAAAAACGUGUUCGUUCAUAGAAAGAUCAUACAUAAUUUAAUGUUUUGGGGUGUUUGAAAAUAAAAUAAGGUCUGAACUUUAGUCUUAAAGCAGACCCUCAGUGGUAAUUUAGAAAACUUGCCAAAUUAGCCAGAAGUGAUGGAAUAUUACUAUUCGGGGCCAGCUGUUCUGCAGGUGUGCAUGGCAGUCUGUGUCCGGAAGGACACGCACGAUUGGUAAAUUUUUCUCAAUUACCGUUUAAUCACUCAGAAUCAAGUGCCCUGUAGCCAACAGUGCCUCUCUACUUGCUUCCCUGGGAAGUAGAUGGUAGUAAAAGUCAUCAUCAAAGUUUGAGAAUAUGCAGAAUCCGUUCUAACCAGUUUUCCACUGCACUCUCUGAAAAGGAAGCGACAGGUAGGACAAGAUUGUUUAAAGAUCCAGGUACUGAGGGCAUCAGGUCAAUAUCCACCAUGUGCCAUAUGCCUCAAUAUUUCUACAUACUCUGCAGACAAGGAAACAGACGUAAGGAAAAUCCAACAUAUGACAUUAAGCGGGUGACAGAACUUGGAUAUGCAUGGGUACCACUUAGGUGAUCCUGGUGACAUUUAGUGUGGCCUUAGAAAAAGCAAGAGACUCUCUUUAAGCACUUUUUAUUGGAAAUAGGAGCUUGUUAUGGGGCAAGAUUUAAUGAAAUCAGUAAAGAACUCAUAAUUAUGCUUCAUCAAAAAAAAAACUAUGUUCAUUCAUAGUGGAACAAUCUAGAAAAUUGUCUCUCUCCUUUUAUGAGAUCCUCUUCCUCUGCUUAUAAUGUUUAUAUUUGAUGUGGAAGUAACUAAAAUUUUAAUACAGAGUUUUGGACUAGAACACCAUUUAGAUUUCCAAAAUACAAUCAUUGCUUCAGGGAAAACAGACCAAAAAAAAAAAUUAUCCCGGGGGAUAAUUUAUGAGAAGCUCAGUUGAGAACAAUAUUCAAUUUCCUUGUAAACAAUGGCACCUCUUACUAAUUGAGGAAAAUGCAAUACAAUACCACUAGCACCAUAUAAAACCUUUCCCCUGUAUCUUUGUGUAAUAAUGCCUGAGGGUUCCAGGGAGGAGAGACUGGCUGACCAUCUUAGUAACAAAGUUACAGUCAGCUACUGGUGCAUCCCAUCCAGGUAUGGUCCUUCCAGCUUGUCAACCACCAAGAAUUGCUGCGUAUGAUUAGUUCCUAUCCUAAAGUUUUUAGUGGUUGUUGUCUAGUAUCUUUUGACUUUGCUCUUAGGUGGUUCUCAAACUUUGGCACACAUCAGGAUCACCUGGAGGGCUUGUUAAAACCCAGGUCGUUGGGCCCAUGCCCACGGUUUCAGAUUCAGUAGGUCUGGAAAUUUCCAUUUCUAGUAAGUCCCCAGGUGAGGUCAGUGCUGCUGGUCUGGGGACCACAUUUUGAGAACUGGCUUGAAAAAAUUU